AUGACUACAGAAGACGAUUCAUCAACAUCAGAACAAACAUCAACAACCAAUUUAAUUUUUGAUGAAACUGAUAUACUUUAUGAAGAAGAUUGUCUUCGAAAUCAAUAUUCAGUUAAAGCUUGGCUUCGAUAUAUUGAUCAUAUUAAAGAAGGACCUAAUGAUAAAAUAAAUCUUGUCUAUGAACGAGCAUUACGUGAAUUACCUGGAAGUUAUAAAUUAUGGUAUAAUUAUUUAAAACUUCGACGUAAACAAAUUCGUUCAAAAUGUAUUAUUGAUUCUUCUUAUGAAGAAGUUAAUAAUACUUUUGAACGUUCUCUUGUCUUUAUGCACAAAAUGCCUCGAAUAUGGCUUGAUUAUUGUCAAUUUUUAAUAGAUCAAUGUAAAAUAACUCGUACACGUCGUGUAUUUGAUAGAGCUAUUCGAGCAUUACCAAUAACACAACAUAAUCGUAUAUGGCCAUUAUAUAUUAAAUUUGUUACUAGUUAUCCCGAAAUACCAGAUACAGCUAUGCGAAUUUAUAAAAGAUAUCUUAAAUUACAACCUGAAUGUGCUGAAGAAUAUAUUGAUUAUUUAAGAGAAAUAGGAAAUUUGGAUGAAUGUGCAAAAUUAUAUGUUGAUAUAUUAGAUCGUGAUAAUUUUGUGUCACGUCAAGGAAAAUCAAAUCAUCAAUUAUGGAAUGAAUUAUGUGAAUUAGUAUCAAAAAAUCCAACAAAAAUCAAAUCUGUUCAAGUAGAACCAAUUCUUCGGCAAGGUAUAUUAAAAUAUAAAGAUCAAGUUGGACAAUUAUGGACAUCACUUGCUGAUUAUUAUAUACGUAGUGGUUGUUUUGAAAAAGCUCGUGAUAUAUUUGAAGAAGCAAUUGAAUCUGUUCUUACUGUUCGUGAUUUUACACAAAUAUUUGAUGCAUAUGCACAAUCUGAAGAAGGUCUUAUUAGUGCUUUAAUGAAUAAAUCAAAUGAAGAUAAUGAAGAUAUAACUGAAGAUGAUGAUCUUGAACUUGAACUUCGUCUUGCACGUUUAGAAUAUUUAAUGGAUCGUCGUCCAUUAAUGUUAAAUAGUGUUUUACUUCGACAAAAUCCACAUAAUGUUAAUGAAUGGUUAAAACGUGUUAAAUUAUAUGGUGAACAAUAUGAUAAAAUAAUUCAAACAUUUACAACAGCCGUACAAACAAUUGAUCCAAAAAUUUGUACAGGAAAAUUACAAGAUUUAUGGAUUGCAUUUGCACAAUUUUAUGAUAAAUAUCAACAACCAGAUGAAGCUAGAUAUAUAUAUGAUAAAGCAAUUAAAGUUAAUUUUCGAAAUGUUGAUGAUUUAGCAGCUGUUUGGUGUGCUUGGUGUGAAAUGGAAUUAGAACAUGAAAGACCUCAUGAAGCAAUUAAAUUAAUGGAACAAGCAACUGUUUUACCAAGACAUAAAGUUGAUUAUUAUGAUACUAAUGAAACAGUUCAAUUACGUUUACAUAAAAGUUUAAAAUUAUGGUCAUUUUAUGUUGAUUUAGAAGAAUGUUAUGGAACAUUUCAAACAUGUAAAUCUGUAUAUGAUCGUAUUCUUGAUUUACGUAUAGCAACACCACAAAUAAUUAUUAAUUAUGGACUUUAUUUAGAAGAAAAUAAAUAUUAUGAAGAUGCUUUUCGUGCUUAUGAAAAAGGUAUUGCAUUAUUUAAAUGGCCUAAUGUUUAUGAUAUAUGGUUAACUUAUUUAUGUAAAUUUGUUGAACGUUAUUCCGAUGGUUCAAAAUUAGAACGAGCAAGAGAUUUAUUUGAACAAUGUUUAGAACAUUGUCCAGCUAAAUUUGCUAAAAAUUUAUAUUUAUUAUAUGCAAAAUUAGAAGAACAACAUGGUCUUGAUAGAAGAGCAUUAAAAAUUUAUGAACGUGCAACAAAUGCAGUUGAACCAAAAGAAAAAGAAGAAAUGUUUAAUAUUUAUAUAAAACGUUGUGGUGAAAUGCAAGGUAUAACAGCAACACGUGAAAUAUAUGAAAAAGCAAUUGAAUCAUUAGAAGAUGAACGUGCUAUUAGAGAUAUGUGUUUACGUUAUGCAGAUUUAGAAAGAAAAUUAGGUGAAAUUGAUCGUGCACGUGCAAUUUAUUCACAUUGUUCACAAAUGUGUGAUCCAAGAAUACAUAAUGAUUUUUGGCAAACAUGGAAAGAAUUUGAAAUUAAACAUGGUAAUGAAGAUACAAUGCGUGAAAUGUUAAGAAUAAAACGUUCUGUACAAGCAACAUAUAAUGUUCAAGUUAAUUAUAUGGCUGCACAAAUGAUGGCUGCAUCAAUGGGAGAAGAAACAUCAACAACUCAAGCUAAUUAA